AUGACCAAGACUGUUGAUGAAGCUAAGGUUCUUAUUGAGAAUCUUGCAGCUAGUGAUUGUAACAACUGUCCUGAUUAUGACCGCUCAAGCCGCACCACUACUAGCUCCCCUGAUUCUUUUCAGAUGACUGAACUAAAGAACAUGAUGGCUCAAGUUCUUAAAGGACAGUUCAAGCAUAUCAAUGCAAUAGAAGGGAUGAGUGAUGCGAAUGAAGACCCAUCAAGAGAGUGCAUGAGAGAUUUCUCUAAUGAAGCUAAUGAAGAAGAUGUGAACUACAUUGGAAACUAUGGGAACGAGGGAUACAAUCCAAGCUAUCGCCCAAACCCCAACAUGUCUUUUAGAAACCCCAAUGUGGAGAACCCUCAAUACCAAGUGUAUCCUCCAAGACUAAUAACUCAGGAAAGUCUUUUGGAGCAUUCUGGAGCAUAUGGGACACAAGGAGCAUGGAGGGACUUGGCACAUGGAAGCAGCUCAACUGGAUACGCAAAGGAAGAAGGGAGAAGCCAUCUUGAAGACCAGCUCGACCGUCUACUCGACCAACCGGUCGAGUUCCUCAACUCGACCGGCCAAGCUUCAACUCGAUCGAGCUGGAAGUCAAAGUCAAACCCGAAAAAUGUUGCUUCCCCCUUGACUUUCCUUUGA